GUAGUCCCAACAAUAGUCUGGAGUGACAAUACAAGCCUUCCAUAGCUGUGCACUUGAGACAGUGUUUCCAGCAUCACUACAUCUGACUGUGACACCAUUCAUCAUCAUCUGCCAGCCACCAAUCAACACUACACGCUUCAGAUAAUCAAGUUCAGCAAUCUGAGCAGAAAUGGCAUCCAGGAAGUCAUCUCCACCUCCUCAAUCUGCCAAACGCAUGAGAUUAGAAGGACCUGCAGGUUCUGAUGAGUGGAGGAUUGUUCUGGUUGGGAAGACGGGAGUGGGGAAGAGUUCAGCAGGAAACACCAUCUUGGGUGAUGAAGAAGUGUUUGAGUCUGAACUGUCUGCAGAGUCCGUCACAUCUGAGUGCAAGAAAGAAAGAGGAGAAGUUGGAGGGCGAAAGGUUGCUGUCAUCGACACUCCAGAACUGUUUGACACAACUUUACCCAAUGAAGCUGUGUUGAAGAAGAUCAAGAUGUGCAUCGGUCUGUCUUCUCCUGGUCCACAUGCCUUCCUGGUGGUUCUUCAGCUGGGCAGGUUCACAGAGGAGGAGAAACAAUCAGUGAAAAUGAUUCAAGAAACGUUUGGUGAAGAUGCUUCUAAAUACAUGAUGGUGCUGUUCACUCAUGGAGACAACCUGAAGAAAAAAACCAUUGAAGAGUAUCUCUCAAAGAGCAAAGACCUGACAGACCUUAUCCAGAAGUGUAACAGCCGUUAUCACGUCUUCAACAACAACACAGACGACCCGUCACAAGUCAGUCAGCUUCUGGAUAAAAUAAAGAAGAUGGUUGAUGAGAAUGGAGGGUCACAUUACACCAAUGAAAUGUUCCUGAGAGCAGAGGAAGCCAUCGAGAGGGAGGAAGAACGAAUCCUGAAAGAGUCUGAAGCCAAGAGGAACAAAGAGCUGGAGGAACUGAAGAAGGAACACAGCGGAGAAAUGUUGGCGUUGAAAGAGGAAAUAAUGAAACAAAGACAUGAGCUUGAAGCGAGGGUUGCAGCUGAAAAAAAUAAUACUAUACAUAAGUGCUCUGAUACUAAAGGUCAUACAUUUAUCUGUGUGAUCAGCUGAGGAACUGCAGCUAAAGCAAGACAGAUAAAUCUUAAAUUAAUGCGAAUGCAGAAAGAGAGUAAAGAAGAUUGUUUUAUUUGAUUCAUUGUAGAUCAUCUGUCAGUAUUUAAAUUAUUAUUAAUCAGAUUAGUCAAAAUAAAGUCACAUGCAGUACAUAUUAUUCAUGUUGUAUCUGAGCUUUGAGGGAUGAAAUAAAUGUUUCUAUCGCGGUCGUGUUCUGUUGUGUGUUUCAUAUCCACAUUAUUGCAGCUCCAUGAUUUGUUGUGUUAGUUAUAAACGCUGUAAUGGCUGUAGACUCUAUUCUGACU